AUGUUUUAUGGCGAUAUCGGUGAAAAAGUAUUUGGAAAUGGAAAAGAUGAAGAACUGCUUAUUACUAAAAAGAAAUGUUAUCUUGUCAUUGCUGUGGGUGAUAAAACAUUUCAAGCUCAUAAAACAAUUCUAGCUCCCGAUAGCCUGUUUGAUGCCAUGCAUGUUCUCACGCGACAUGAAAGAAAACAGAGAAAAUGUAAUAACCAUACCAGAUGUUGA